AUGCCUACUUUGGCCUCCUAUCCAUAUACACCUCUGCCCCCGCAGUGCAUCCGCGUCCUACACCUGCAUCCCGGACCCUCCGACGCGCCUCUGGAGUGUGAGUUCGUGACGCAAAAAGUCGAUGGCACGCACUACGAGGCAUUAUCUUACGUGUGGGGCGAUCCGACUCCCGUCGCAUUCGUCAAAUGCACCGAUCACCAGAGAAACGCAGGCUUCCUCGGCGUGGGCGCGUUCCUUUCGGAAGCCCUCAACGCCUUCCGUCUCCCUUCAGAGACCCGUAGAAUAUGGGUCGACGCCCUCUGCAUCAACCAAAAAGACGUUUCAGAGCGACAGUCACAGGUUCGUCUCAUGGGCGCCGUGUACGGAAAAGCAGAGCACGUUUUAUGCUGGCUGGGGCCUUUCCCUCCUGACCCUGGCUCCGACGCAAAAGCUAAACAUACGAUUUCUUUUCUACGGAGAUUCAACGAGAAGCCUCAAGAGUUUUUGAAGGCAGCUCAUCAACACCUCCAUUUCGGAGAAGAGGUUACAGAGACAGCUGGCGAUGUCGCAUUACUUGACUCAUGGCUUGGGAUCAAGCAGUUGUUUGACAUAGAGUAUUUCCACCGCGCAUGGAUCAUACAAGAAGUUGGGCUUGCACAGCACGCUCGCUUUUACUGGGGCUCCCAAUCAACGUACCUCGAUUGGUCCGAGAUCGCCACAUUCUGCAGUUUCAUGGACUCAAAAGGCGCUUCCAUCAUCAACCACCUUGGACUGAAAUCAUGGGUUGCAAAUCACAUCAACCUCGUUUGGGCAAACGACAAAAAUGGGAAGCCGGUGCAUAAUUUUGUCGAGGUGUUGCAUUGGGCGAGGGUCCACAGGAGUACGGAUCCGAGGGAUUAUAUCUACGCGCUGCUGAGCCAUGCAAGUGCCAGUGUGGAUGGGAAGUUGAUCGUGCAGCCGAAUUAUAGGAUUUCGACGGAGGAGGCGUAUACAGAUCUUACAGUGAACGUGAUACAGCGGACGAGUAGUCUGCAUAUCCUGGCCUUCGUCGACCAUCAUGAGGAAGCUGGGGUUUUAGUUUUGCCAAGCUGGGUACCGGAUUGGCAUGCGUUGAAUUUGGUUGCUCCGCUCCGGUGUCCGACGAAGUCUGCGUCAGAAACAGAUAAUAAUUUCUCGAUUAUCAAGUUGGAGAAGGGAAUGGCGUUGAAAUGUCGUGGCUUUACCAUUGGCACCAUACGCGCGAUGUCAGAUAUGAUCGAGCCUAGCGGACUCACCGUCACGACGCUGGAGAAGGAAGAGCAGAAGAAAAUUCCUUUCCUCGUUGACCACAUCUGGCACAAAGUUGCUUUGGAACCUGAAAUUUCACUGAGCUCUACCGAAGAGUUUCUUGGGGCACUUAGUCUCAUUCUCACUGGUGGCUAUCGGGACUACUUGAACUCUACCUCGGGAGAGGAGCAGAAGAAACAGGUGGCGGACCUUGCAGCUCUGAUUUUUGAGUAUGAACGAAUACGACCACCGGGACACCGGAACGGAUUUUUUGCCAGUCUAUCGUCUGAAAACAAAGCGGCCGUUCGAAAGACGGCCGAAACAGGCUCGGCACAUCAGUUCGUCCAGGAUAUGACUUGGACUUCUAUGUGCCGGAAAGUUUUCCGGACAACUAAAGGACGUUUCGGUUUAGGUCCUCGAAUUAUGAGAACAGGAGAUAUCUGCGCUAUUCUCUCCGGCGCGGUAUAUCCGAUGGUCUUGCGUAAUAAAGGCGACGAUAAUUUCCAGUUGAUCGGUCCGGCAUUAAUGUAUGCCCUUAUGAAUGGUGAAUCUGCGAAAGCAUGCCAAGAGGGAGAAUUCCUAGAGCAGGAAUUUGAGAUUCAUUAG